GUACAGAUUAUUUGAACCAUCUAGCUAGAUAACGGAUGUUCGCGACCUCACACUAAUGUCAGAAGGUUAAUGUGCCAUUUUCCAUUUCAUGCUUUCAUUAAUCUAGCUCUUCGCUUAAAUUGUUUGUAUGUAUUGCAAACGAUUAACGCGAAUUAACCCUAACCCUAGCGAUGACGUUGUACAGUAGUGUGUUUCAUACGUUACAGUGGUUAUAAAGCAGGACCAUUCGUUUAUGGUGGAGUCAUUUUUUAGCUUUUUAUCAAAGAGCGUCGUUUUAUCCACCGAACGCUCUGCGCAUUGGCCUUUAACUCAUCAUGUGAUUUGUCCCAAAUUAACCAGUCAGAGAGAGGGGUGCGCAGGUAUAUUUGAUGAGGGAAAAAAACGCCCUGUAAAUUCCCGCCCAUUGGCAGUCAGUGAUGGUUGGUUGGUUCUCGGGUUCUUCCUUUGUAGUUGUUGGUCGCAUCCGGUCCGAAUGAUGACGCGAAAACCAAAGAAAGAAAAAAAGGAAAAAAAGCAAAGAAAAAAGAAAAAGCGGAGUAGAGCUUAAACUCCUUUUAACCUUUGUAGAAUUGUAUGCAUUUUAUAGGUAUAGGUAAUCGACAUUUCAAAGCAAUGCGUUUAUAUAGCUAGGCAUAUUCACAUGAUAAAUAUUAGAAACAACUGCAUUUUUAUCUGUAAUAGACAUAUAAAGCUAACAAGCUAGCUAGUUAGAUUGCUAGCUAGCUACAUUCUCCUUUUUGUUUCUUGAUGAGAAUGGCAACAACAGCUCUGUACGCGUGUACGAAGUGUAACCAACGGUAUCCGUUUGAAGAGCUUUCACAGGGACAGCAGUUGUGCAAGGAGUGUCGGAUAGCUCACCCGAUUGUAAAAUGCACAUUCUGUCGGUCGGAGUUCCAGCAAGAAAGCAAAACAAACACUAUUUGCAAAAAGUGUGCCCAAAAUGUCAAACAGUUUGGAACGCCAAAACCUUGUCAGUACUGUAACAUCAUUGCUGCCUUCAUUGGGACGAAAUGUCAGCGCUGCACAAACUCAGAGAAGAAGUACGGCCCCCCACAGACAUGCGAGCAGUGCAAGCAGCAGUGCGCCUUCGACCGCAAGGAGGAGGGCCGAAGAAAGGUGGACGGGAAGCUGCUCUGCUGGCUGUGCACACUGUCGUAUCGGCGCGUCCUUCAGAAAACCAAGGAACAGAGGAAAGGCCUCGGCUCCUCCCACUCCAACUCUUCAUCUCUGAACGAGAAGGAGCAUCACCCCAGACACCAUCAUCAUCAUCACCACCACCAGCGACACAGCAGCUCACACCACAAAUUGAGCAGCCUCAGCCCUGAGCAGGACCAGGGAGCUUGGAAGCAGAGCCAUAAAUCCUCCUCAAUUCAGAACGAGACUCCAAAGAAGAAACCAAAACUUGAGACAAAGCCAUCAAACGGAGACAGUUCCAUCAAUCAGUCAAUGGACUCGGGAGGAACAGACAACUUCAUCCUGAUCAGCCAGUUGAAGGAGGAAGUGAUGUCACUGAAGAGACUGCUGCAGCAGCGAGAUCAAACAAUACUGGAAAAGGAGAGAAAGCUUACAGAGCUGAAAGCUGAUUUCCAGUACCAGGAGUCCAAUAUGAGGGCCAAAAUGAACAACAUGGAGAAGGCUCACAAAGAAGCCAUGGAGCAACAGCAGGCGAAAAACCGAGAGCUGAUGAAGCAGGUGGCGGCUCUCUCUAAAGGAAAGAAGUUUGACAGGGCAGGAAGCGCACUGCUGCCCUCUUGAGGGCACCACUGGGGUGACCCCCCAGUACGGAGUUCAGCGGGUUCACUGUUCCCCACUGUGAAAGCCUGAGUUGAUCUCUUUCAAUCCUCUUUCCCCCCACUUUUCUCAUUCAUUUCAGAUUUUACCCAGUUUUCUCAUUCAGGAUCACAGAUUAAUGAUUAACGUUGUUCCCACCCUCAAACACAACACAAACAUGCCUUCAUGUAUACGCAGAGAAUGCACUCGUUUGUGAGGGCCCUGUGGACCAAGAAACACUAUGGCAAUAAAACCAAACUCGCACAACUGAGUAACUUGAAGUGUGACUAACAACUUCUCAUGUUGAGUUGCCUUCAUUUCAAUAUGCAGUUAUACAUUUUUGUAUUUAUUGGAUUAUUCAUUGAGUGCUAUCACUAAAUGUCAAAUAAUUUUCUAUACUACUGCCAACAGAAACAUUUAGUUGAUUGCAUUUAAACUGCCUAUAGAAUUUUUUUUGUUUGUUAAGCAAUCAACCUGUGAACUGUAAAUAUGUUGCAGGUUUGAACACUUUUUCCGCAUGUAAGGAAAGAUCCUGGGUUUUCACAACUGAAAUGCAAGGAAACUGAUGUGCAUUUUGCAUGUUGAUGGCCCUUUUCAGCCAUUUUCCAGUAUUUUAUAUUUGAUUUUUAUUUUGUAAUUUAUUCAGACUUUUUCACGUGAUGCAAAACCUCAAUGAGGAUUGUUAACAUCCUGUUUAUAUUUUUAAAGUGAGUUUUAAUGUAUAAUCAUGUAUAUGAAAUGUAUAUGUAUGCAGCAUAGAGCCAAAAUGGCGGCUUUUCCCUUGGGAUGCAGGUAUGAAGAUUCCCCUCUUGUGGCUGGAUCAGUGCAGUUACGUGAGAGUGCAGCCAUCUUCGAUGGGCCCCCAUUCUCUCGGUCUCCAUUAAAGAGGAUAAGCCAAUUUAAUGUUUGGUCAAACCAGAAGAAAAGUAAUCUUCCCUGGAUUUGAACAUCCAGGUCCGAGUUUUCUGUCUUCGGGGCCACAGAGUCCCAAUCAUGCAAACUAUUUUCUUCUGGUUUCACAUGACAAACAGACAUGUACCUUUACUGGACCCAUAAACGUACUGGCAUUCCAGGUGUGGUGGAUUGAUGAGAGAAGGGGAUUGUGGAGAAACAAUCAAACCCUUUCUUUAAGUGUCGAACCACCAAGCUAAUUAAGCUCACGCUAUUCUUAGGAAAUGGACUAUUAAAUCUUUUUUUUUUUUCAACUAUUAUUUUUGUAAUGUACUUUAUAACUUGAAUUCUCCCAGCAGCCCUUCUCUGUGCGAGAGCUGGGCUGUGGCGUUUGCUGUGACACUUGUGGAAAGAAUUGUACUAUUGCAUGACUCACAGCUGGGAGGGGCAGUGUGCUCUCAUGUACUGUAUUGUACUUUUAGAUUUCAAAAAACAGUGUAAAGAUGUCACUUUUAAACAGUGAAGGCCUUUGUGUAUUUAAAACUUGUAACUUGUAUUGGUUUCUAGUAAGUAUAUGUAAGGCAAUUAAUAUAUGUAGAAUAUGCUUUUAAAAACAUGUCUAUUUCACUUUUUACAUCUUGGACAGAGCAGGAAAACUGUACCAGAACAGGUACAAGUUCACUUUUGUACUCUUUUUCAAACCCAAUGUUUCAGAAAUAUUAAAUCUUAAAACACUGA